UCUCUGCUGAAUCAUUUCUACUGUCCAGUCCCGCAAUAUUUAAUUAACUGCAGCGAGUGGAUCAUUGCAUUUUUAGCUGUCAGUCUAGUGGUGCACAUUACUUGAAAUCAAAAAUGCAGAAGGUUGCCCUGCUGUUAGUCGCCUUCCUGGCCGUGGUCCAGUCGAAUUCGCAAACAAGAUCCGGAAUUCUGCGUGUGCCGCUCAAGAAAUUCCAGUCGGCCCGCCGACACUUCGCCGACGUAGGUACGGAAUUGCAGCAACUGCGCAUUAAAUACGGCGGAGGCGAUGUUCCGGAACCGCUGUCCAACUACAUGGACGCCCAGUACUAUGGUCCCAUUGCUAUCGGCUCACCCCCUCAAAAUUUCCGUGUGGUUUUUGACACCGGCUCCUCGAACUUGUGGGUGCCGUCCAAGAAGUGCCACCUGACUAACAUCGCCUGCUUGAUGCACAACAAGUACGAUGCCACUAAAUCGAAAACCUACACAAAGAACGGCACUGAGUUCGCCAUCCACUACGGUUCGGGAAGCUUGUCGGGCUAUCUUUCCACGGAUACGGUUUCAAUUGCUGGGCUCGACAUCAAGGAUCAGACCUUUGCCGAGGCUUUGAGUGAGCCAGGUCUCGUGUUCGUGGCCGCCAAGUUUGAUGGUAUCCUAGGCCUGGGCUACAGCUCCAUUUCCGUGGACAAGGUGAAGCCUCCAUUCUACGCCAUGUACGAACAGGGCCUGAUUUCCGCGCCGGUGUUCUCGUUCUACCUGAACCGCGAUCCCGCUUCGCCCGAAGGCGGUGAGAUCAUAUUCGGCGGCUCCGAUUCCAACCAUUAUACUGGUGAAUUUACCUAUUUGCCCGUUACCCGUAAGGCCUACUGGCAGAUAAAGAUGGAUGCGGCCUCCAUUGGCGAUCUGCAGCUAUGCAAGGGCGGAUGCCAGGUGAUUGCGGAUACGGGCACCUCUCUGAUUGCUGCUCCCUUGGAGGAGGCCACCUCUAUUAACCAGAAGAUUGGUGGCACUCCAAUCAUCGGUGGACAGUACAUUGUCUCCUGCGAUCUGAUCCCCAAUCUCCCGGUAAUCAAGUUUGUGUUGGGCGGCAAGACCUUUGAGCUGGAGGGCAAGGACUACAUUCUCCGUGUGGCCCAGAUGGGCAAGACCAUCUGCCUGUCCGGUUUUAUGGGCAUGGACAUUCCCCCGCCAAAUGGACCUUUGUGGAUACUGGGAGAUGUUUUCAUUGGCAAAUACUACACCGAGUUCGACAUGGGCAACGAUCGUGUGGGCUUCGCCGAUGCCAAGUAAUCGAACAAAAAAUAUAUACUUAAAACUUAUAUUGUAAACAUUAUCGAUCCUAUUGGGACUUUCUCCGAAGAACCUAUGGAAUAUAUAUGUAUAAGCUA